GAAUGGUGGCAGAAAUCAAAAACUCAGCAAAGCAAGACUGGAGUAGUAACUAUAAUGUUAGUACUAAAAUCUGACCCCUAUACAAUUCUCAUCAUUACGAAAGAAAUUGGUUCAUUCGUUGGACCGGUGAGCAUUAUUUUGAAGGACUCGGGCGGAAGUGUCUGUCUCUGACAAAUGUGACAUGCGCACAUUGCGCAGUGCAAGUAUGUCUGAAGCAGACGGCGGAGCUGCUGCAGAGCUGAAAGAAAUAAUGGAAACCACUAUGCGAAGGCUGCAGGACAGAUUUAAGAAGACGUCUGAACAGCUGGAGUCAAACAUUGAUCAGAUGGGCCGCCGCAUAAAAGAUUUGGAGAAGAACGUAGCGGAGCUCAUGUCCCAGGCUGGCAUGGAGGCGUCCUCAGAUGUCAGUGAAUCUAUCUGAUGGUAUCUGACAGUCCAGAUCAUUAUUGCAGAAAAGCCUGAGAUGUUCCAGAUGUUUGUGCCAAAGAAAACCAGCCAAAACUUGAAUGCCAGUGUAAAUCUGUUAUUUUUUUUUACCUUUCAUAACUUCAUUUUAUUGUUAAAUUUCCCUCAAUUGUAAAUAAAGAAGGAUGCAAACACGCACACAAUAAAACUUAAAAUGUUUAUUGUGAAA